AAGAAGGAGGGGGGUGGGAAGAGAGAUAGGAGAUGUCUUGCACGGUACCAGCAGGUCACAAGCCUCAUGAGGCUAGAGCAAGGCUUGCAAGGAAGCGGCUGACUCUAUCUCCAUGUGUACCUUUUUGUUCCUUGCCUUGGAUUUGCUGGUCAGUGGCAUGCUGCUUUGCCUGGCUCUCCAUGGAGCUUGUAGCCUACAGGAAUUUGGACAGAGUGGUACAGACAUCGCCGACACAGACUCUGAUCACUGACGAUCCCUUUAAAUGCAGUCUCAUGACUUAGUCUUUACUCCACUACCUAUUAAAGGAGACAAGACGUACAUAGACAACUUCCAUUCAGACACCCAGAAGGACACAGAAAGGGAAGACAAUUUAACAGAGCUAACUGUAUGAUUAGCUGGUGGAGAGUGUUCCCAGUUCGCCUUCAUGUUGCCCAUUUUCUUCUCUGCUUUUGUCCUGUCUGCUUCUUGCUUUACCAAAGCAAACUGCAUCUCCUAUGGCGAGCUGAAAGAGCUGAAGACUGAAUUUGCCAUCAAUCUCUACCGACAUGUAUCUGAAGCAGAGAACAGAACCAAUCUGGUAGUCUCUCCAGCAAGUGUGGCUGUUUCUUUGGAGCUUCUGCAGUUUGGAGCUCAAGGAAAUACCUUUACGGAACUGCAGGAUGCUCUAGGAUACAACAUUCUUGAUCAAAGUGUGCAGGAGUUCUUACAUGCAAUGUACAAAGGAGUGACUGACUCCAGCCAAGGCAUGGUGGUUCAGCUGGCAUAUUCCUUCUUUGUGGAUGCCAGAGUGCAGCUCUCACCCCAUUUUGUUGCAUGUGCUGUGCACUGGGCUAACAGCAGCCUGCAGCAAAUCAACUUCACUGACCCAAACAGGAGCACAGCCCAAAUACAGGACUUGAUCGCUGGUAACCUUGGAGAUGGGGAUGUGUGCAGCAUGAGCUUGAAGAGUGCUGUGUCACCACUCAGCCAGGUCGUCUUGGUGAGCACCAUGUACUUCAAAAACAUGUGGCAAAAGAAGUUUUCCUUUAUGGAUACCCAGAUGUUGUCUUUUACUACGGCAGAGGGCUCAACACUGAAAGUGCCCACAAUGCAUCACACAGCUGAAGUUAACUACGGCCAGUUCAAGACAGCAGCUCUGGAGGCUUUCAGCAUGGUUGAAUUACCCUACCUGGGGGAGAAACUCAGCAUGUUCUUAGUGCUUCCCAGCCACAGAAGAACACAUUUGUCCCAGAUUGAGUCACACUUUUCUGCCAAAAACAUAACCAUUUGGGCCAGCAGCUUAAAGAGAACAAAGAUGGACAUUUUUCUACCUAGGUUCAGUAUCCAAAGCCUUUUUGAUCUAAAGACAGUUUCUUCUGCCUUGGGAAUCAGAGAUGCAUUUGAUCCCAUCAGUGCUAAUUUUAAAGGCAUUUCGGAGCAAGAUCAUCUUUAUAUUUCAGAAGCUAUUCACAAAGCAGAGAUUGAAAUAACAGAAGAUGGUACAAAGGCAUCAGGAGCUACAGCAAUGGUGUUACUAAAAAGAUCUCGAACACCUAUUUUCAAGGCAGACCGACCUUUCACAUUUUUCCUGAGAGAAGCUAAUACAGGUGCAGUAAUCUUUAUAGGAAGAGUUACAAAUCCUUCAUAAUAAACACUAGGCAAACAUACUGUCUUCUGUUGUUCAUAUGGCGAGCUUUCCUUCAAUGAAAUGAAAGGCUACAUUAUAUGUAUUUAUUAAAACACAUGUUUAAACAUUAUAACUUUUGCAAGAAUAAGCAAACUUUAUUUCCCUGUUCUAAAGUAAAAAACUUAAGAAUAAAACUGAAAUUAAAGCCUAGUCCCAGACUCACUUAUAAUCAGCUGAGACAGUAAGGUAACUAGCAAAUAGCAAAAUGCUGUGAAAAGGAAAUCAAGUUCAGAGGCUAUUUCAAGACUGACAGAACAGGUAGGAAGCAGAAAUACCUAU